UACAAAUGUUGGUAGUGGCAACGCCGAACGCAAUAGUAUCGAGUAUUCAGUACCUGUAUAAAAGGUGUAGGUAACACUUUUUAUUUAUUUAUAAACUAUUUACAUUAAACAACGCGUUCAAUAUGAAACUUGUAAGAUUUCUAAUGAAAUUAAGCCAUGAGACGGUCACCAUAGAAUUAAAGAAUGGCACUCAAGUUCACGGUACAAUUACUGGAGUUGAUGUUGCUAUGAAUACCCAUUUAAAAUCCGUGAAAAUGACAAUAAAAAAUAGAGAUCCUGUUCAACUUGAAACUCUAAGCAUAAGAGGAAAUAAUAUAAGAUAUUUUAUUUUGCCUGAUAGCCUUCCUCUUGAAACACUACUUAUUGAUGAUACUCCAAAAUCCAAAUCAAAGAAAAAAGAAAAUAAUCGUGCUGGCAAUAGAGGUCGAGGUAGAGGAUCUCGUGGAAGAGGAGGGACUCGAGGUAGAGGAAGAGGUAGAGCUACAAACAGGCGUUAAUUUUACUUCUCUUUUUCUAUAUUAUUCGGGAAUAUUUUUAUUUAAUAUGUUUACAAUAUAAAAACGGUACUAUUAAAUAAAUUAUUUUUCUUGUC